AUGGCCAUGGCAGCUGAUAAUUCAACUGAAAGCGAUUACAAGAAAAAUGUGCAGGUCGAUACAAGGACUGCAGAAGAAAAGGCAAUCGAUUAUUGGUUGCCUAUCACUUCUUCACGAAAUGCGAAAUGGUGGUACUCGGCUUUUCACAAUGUCACAGCCAUGGUGGGAGCUGGAGUUCUGAGUCUCCCUUUUGCCAUGUCUGAGCUAGGAUGGGGCCCCGGAGUAGCAGUGAUGAUCAUAUCUUGGAUUGUCACCCUCUACACAUUGUGGCAGAUGGUUGAGAUGCAUGAAAUGGUACCUGGCAAGAGGUUUGACCGAUAUCACGAGCUCGGACAGCAUGCUUUUGGAGAGAAGCUCGGGCUGUACAUCGUCGUGCCUCAGCAGCUAGUUGUUGAAGUUGGAGUGGACAUCGUGUACAUGGUGACAGGAGGGAAAUCACUCAAGAAAUUCCAUGACUUGGUCUGUGAUGACUGCAAAGACAUCAAGCUUACCUAUUUCAUAAUGAUCUUCGCCUCUGCCCACUUUGUCCUGUCACAUCUCCCCAACUUCAAUGCCAUUUCCGGUGUAUCUUUAGCUGCAGCAAUCAUGUCAUUGAGCUAUUCUACGAUUGCAUGGGGCGCUGCGCUGAAAAAGGGCGUUCAACCAGACGUGCAAUAUGGUUACAGAGCGAAAAGCACAGCCGGUACUGUUUUCAACUUCUUCAGUGCUCUGGGAGAUGUGGCUUUCGCCUAUGCUGGGCACAAUGUGGUCCUGGAGAUUCAAGCCACCAUCCCUUCGACACCGGAGAAGCCUUCCAAGGGGCCCAUGUGGAAGGGAGUCAUUGUUGCUUACAUUGUUGUCGCCCUGUGCUACUUCCCUGUCGCAUUCAUUGGAUACUGGAUGUAUGGCAAUGAAGUAUCAGACAACAUUUUGAUAUCAUUAAACAAACCAACUUGGCUCAUCGCCAUGGCUAACAUGUUCGUUGUGAUACAUGUUAUUGGAAGCUAUCAGAUAUAUGCGAUGCCAGUUUUUGACAUGAUAGAGACUCUCCUAGUCAAGAAACUACGAUUCAAGCCAACCUGCUACCUGCGCUUCAUCACCAGAAACAUCUAUGUCGCAUUCACAAUGUUUGUUGCCAUUUCAUUCCCUUUCUUUGGCGGACUCCUCGGAUUCUUUGGGGGAUUUGCUUUCGCACCAACCACAUACUUUCUGCCUUGUAUCAUGUGGCUUGCUAUCUAUAAACCAAAGAGGUUCAGCCUAUCUUGGAUCACUAACUGGAUUUGCAUCAUUCUCGGAGUCCUUUUGAUGGUUAUAGCACCAAUAGGAGCGCUAAGGUCAAUAAUAUUACAAGCAAAGACCUACGAUUUCUACUCCUAAGCAUCUACAGAUUGAUGUGUG